CUCAGCCAGCAAUGUCCAAAUCAGAGUCAAUCGAAUAUCUUCAAUCCGAUUCAUUUUCCUUAAUCUUUCCAUUACCAUUUAGAAUUUUAUUUUUGAUUUUUAUUGGUUUAUUACUUUAUGGAUUAGUCUUACAUUCUUUAGAUUCAUUUAAUCUUCAAUUCGAUUUAUUAUUCGAAAAUACAAUCGAUCAACAACCACAACAACCACCACCACCACAACAAGACGAAUCACAUUUACCAUUAACUUUCAAUCCUCAAUCAUCUCAAUCUCAUUCACAAAUCAAUCAAUUUCCAAAACCAUUUCAUUUAAAAUCAUCUUCAUCUUCACCUGAAAGAAACAGACACUUAUUCUCAAAACUAUCAACUAUCUCAUCUAAUCAUUCAACUUUAUCAUUAUCAUCAACAACAACAUCAUCAACAAAACUUUAUACACCUAUUUAUUAUUCAGCUCUUUCAAUCGGUUUACUCACUUUGAUUGGUUUAAUUUUAUUUAGAUUUCUAACUAAUGGGAAUAAUCCAAUCCUAGUAUCAAAUCUAUCAUCAAUACCAUUACUAUGGUUAACAUUGAUGAUGAUCUUAUCAAUUUCAUCAAACAGUGGUCUUUUAGUUUCAUCUUGUUUACCAUUUCAAGCUAAAUUCAAAUCACAACGUCGUCAAUUUCGUCAAUCACUCUAUCGAAUCAUCUUUGGUACUUUAAACGAUCCUCCUGUCUUUCAGGAUAUCUUGCUGGCUGAUGUCUUGAUUAGUUAUGCUAGAGUCUUGGGUGAUCUUUGGCUUUCGGUUUGUCUUUCCACGGUCGCUAAACAUGGACUGGCUACUCAAAGUAAUCAAGUGAGGUGUUAUAAGAAUUUAAUGGUACCACUCAUCACUAGUUUACCAUACGCGUUUCGACUUCGACAAUGUCUUGCUGAAUACUAUUCACGUACUAGUCCAAACCCACGUCGAUCAUUACUGAAUGCAUUAAAAUACGCUACAGCUUUCCCUAUGAUUGGUUUAUCAGUCUUUAUGGUCAAUUCACCAGCAUCAGAUGAUGCACCUGAACUUGAUCAAGAAAGUUCUAGAUCCAUGAAACCUUCAAUGACCAGCAUCCCAGCAAGUUAUCAAUUUUGGCUACUAUCAAUCUUGAUCAAUUCACUUUAUUCAUUUUGGUGGGAUGUCACGAAUGAUUGGUCAUUUGCAUUACUCAGACCAACAGCCUGGUCAAGUCCAUCACUCAAGUUAUCGAUCAAUGGAUCAAGAUCACCACCACCACCAUCGAUCACAGGAUUGAAUUUGAUGCUAAGGUUCACAUGGUUGAUCAGGUUGAUCGGACCAUUAAGAGAACCAUCAGAAUGGAUCGGGUUUGGAUUAGAAGUCUUUGAGAUCUUUAGACGUUCGGGUUGGUGUUUUUUAAGAUUAGAAACUGAAUGGAUCAAACAGAUUAAAUUAGAUCAAGGAUCGGAAACAGGAUUGCAAGCGGAAGAAGAAGAAGAGGAUCGAGGAUUGGGAGUGGGGCUUGAUGGGUUGAUGGAUGAAGAUCUUGAGGAAGGUUUGGAUGAAGAAGUUGGGUUGGGAAAUAAGAGAGGAAUUCAUCCGGAUCAACAGUUUGGAAUCGGAAAUGGAAUCGGAAGUGGAAGUGGGGUUGGGAUUGGAAUUGGAAUUGGAAAGAAUGAAAAUGAACUUCAGGAUAGGAAAGAAGAUAGGAUCGAAUUAGACGAAUCUUUAAUUCUUAUGGUUGGAGUUGAGGACAGUGUUUUGUGUAAGAUUCAGUGUUACUUGUGA